AUGCAGCUGUGCGGCAAGAAGACACUGGCGUUGGUGGCACGGCACCGCUACGUGCUCCUACUGGGGUCUCUGCUGCUGGCAGCUGCGGUGGCGCUGCGCAGUGCCACUGUGCCUUCCCACGAUGGCCACUUGCACACCAACAGCUACCCCCGCUGCCGUGACCGCCUCUACUGCACGCUCACGCUCCCUGCCGACAGAGGCAUCAACUGUUCGGCCAUCGUGCGCGGCGAUGUCGCAGCCCUCCAGGCGGCUGCCCUCAGCAGGCUGGAAGUGGCCAACAGAAAGGUGCCCCGUCUGCCCGAGGAGUACCUGAACCUGACAAGGGACUGUGGGUACUACAAGGCCAUGCGGCGCUUCAUCGAGUUCCCGUUGAGCCUGGAGGAGGCUGAGUUCCCCAUCGCCUACUCCAUGGUCAUCCACGACAAAAUUGAGAUGUUUGAGCGGCUCCUGCGAUCCCUCUACGCCCCCCAGAACCUCUACUGCAUCCAUGUUGACAGCAAGUCGACAGCCACCUUCCAGGAGGCCGUGCGAGCCAUCGCCGCCUGCUUCCCCAAUGUCUUUGUGGCCAGUCGCCUGGAGAAUGUGGUCUAUGCCUCCUGGUCCCGGCUGCAGGCUGACCUGAACUGCAUGCAGGACCUGCUCCAGAGCCCCAUACCCUGGCGCUACCUCCUCAACACCUGUGGCACUGACUUCCCCAUCAAGACCAACGCAGAGAUCGUCCGCACCCUGAAGCUGCUGCAGGGGCAGAACAGUAUGGAGUCCACGAAGCCCUCGAUCCUCAAGCAGCAGCGCUGGCAGUACCACCACGAGGUGACACACUCCAUCUUCCGCACUGCUACAAAGAAGGCGCCGCCACCACACGGCUACCCUAUGUUCACAGGCAAUGCAUACUUCGUGGCCUCACGGGCCUUUGUGGAGCACCUCUUCCAGAGUCCCACAGUCCAGCAGUUCCUUGAGUGGGCUAAGGACACCUACAGCCCUGACGAACACGUCUGGGCCACCCUCAACCGCAUGCCUGGCGUGCCGGGGGCCGUGCCAUACCACAACAAGUUUGAGCUCUCGGACAUGAAUGCUGUGGCCCGCCUGGUCAAGUGGCAGUACCUGGAAGGUGACAUCAGCAAGGGUGCCCCCUACCCGCCCUGCACCGAGCCCUCAGAGGAGGACAGGCUGUGCUCCAAGCAGAGCAUGAGUCAAGGCAUUUAA